AUGGCACAGGAACACCCCGCCACCGGCUCUGCCGGCGAGAACGGAGUCACCAAGGACUUCACCGUCAAGGCUGGUCUGGCUCAGAUGUUGAAGGGCGGUGUCAUCAUGGACGUUAUCAAUGCUGAACAGGCAAGAAUUGCUGAAGAAGCAGGCGCCUCGGCCGUCAUGGCCCUCGAGCGUGUUCCGGCCGAUAUUCGAGCUGAGGGAGGCGUUUCUCGCAUGUCUGACCCCGGAAUGAUCAAGGAGAUCAUGGCUGCUGUCACCAUUCCGGUCAUGGCCAAGGCCCGGAUAGGCCAUUUUGUCGAAUGCCAGAUCCUGGAAGCAGUUGGCGUCGACUACAUCGAUGAAUCUGAGGUCCUGACUCCGGCAGACCACGUCUACCACGUCACCAAGCACUCCUUCAACGUCCCAUUCGUGUGCGGGUGCCGAAACCUGGGCGAGGCCCUCCGCCGUAUCUCCGAAGGCGCUGCCAUGAUCCGUACCAAGGGAGAGGCCGGAACCGGCGACGUCGUCGAGGCAGUCAAGCACAUGCGUCAGGUAAACACUGAAAUUGCCCGUGCCAGAUCCAUCCUGCAGUCUGCGCAGGACCCCGAGAUCGAGCUGCGCGCAUUCGCCCGUGAGCUAGGUGCUCCAUACGAGCUGCUGCGCGAAACCGCUGAGAAGGGAAGGCUUCCUGUCGUCAACUUCGCCGCCGGUGGCGUAGCUACCCCCGCAGACGCCGCUCUCAUGAUGCAGCUCGGCUGCGACGGUGUGUUCGUUGGAUCUGGAAUCUUCAAGUCCGGUGACCCGCGCAAGAGGGCCAAGGCCAUCGUCCAGGCCGUCACACACUUCAAGGAUGCCAAGAUGCUCGCUGAGCUGAGCGAGGGACUGGGCGAGGCCAUGGUCGGUAUCAGCGUACGAGACAUGAGUGAGAAGGAUAAGUUAUCUGGACGAGGCUACUAG